AUGCGGCUCACCACUGCUCGCGACCUGUUGAAGGUGCCCUCAACUUUAGUUUCGACAAUCAAUUCGACUCACAGUUCUGCAACUCCAUCUCCAACCUUGUCGACUCAAGAGAGUCGUAUCUCUACCGGGUUUUCGACCUCAGUCAGUGACCCGGAUGAUUACGUGGACAUGGCCUUGCCCCAAACCGUGACACCCGCCCCAAUCAAGGCCAGAUCAACCACCUCAAGCAAACCAAGCCCCGAGCCUGGAAAGCGACGAGCAUCUGGUCGUUUGAGAAAACCAACUGCAAAGGCUCAAGCUAUUUCUGAGGAAUCUACCUCGCCAUCUCAACUGCUUGACACUAUCGUCAUUGGAGGUUCACCGCCUAGGAAGCCUGAGGAUCAAGAAGAUGCUCAACCUAGCACUCCUCCAUCGCCUCGAACUGCUAUCAUCAACACUGUGGAGCCAGAUCUCGAGAUCGAAAUCCCGGAAACUCCAGCACAUCCGAUGAAUGAUAAUCCGACGACAUUUAUCAAUGGUGAGGGAGCGGAUGGUGGUCCACUCACCACUCCAACUGCCCAAUCACCUUCGCGAAGGCAUUCUCGUCGUGAGAGGAAACCCACAGCCAAGAUUCUUGAGACAUCACCAACCACUACCAAACGCCCUGCAUCCGAUGUUCAUGAUGUUCAUGAGGAACCUCCUCGCAAAUCAGCCAGAGUAUCUUACUCUGGAGCAAAAGUGCCAUCCAAACUACGUUAUUCGGUAUCUUCCACCAGCACUGAUUCGGCGAGCCCUAAGAACAAAGAAAUUGGAGAUCCGCCGUCAGCGAAGCAAUCGUUGAUAGUCAUUUUGAAAGUUCCUCGUCUCGCAAAAAGUGGCAAAGGAAAGACGGCCAACGCUAGCAGAAACUCGAAGCUGGCGAAACAUUCUCCUCGGCGAACUCGAAACUCUACCCAUCAGCAGAAAGUCAGUCCUACCAAAUCAAAGACGCAAGUUCCUAUCAUCACUACCGCGCUGGCCAAAGAACUUCCACCAUCCUGCUUAUUAUCGUGUCUUUCGCCAUCAUCUCGCUUGUUAGCAAUGGCACAAAUAGCUCUUAUGAUGCCAGACUCCAAUGACGAUGAUGAUGCAGAGAUCUUACCUGGUAGUGAUCAAGAUUGGCGAACAUACGUGCCUCAAGUGUGUCAGUGUCACAACAAUCAGGAUGCACUAAGCAGUCGAACCAAUUCGGUUGACCUUCAACGUGCUCUAGAACCAAAUCCACUAUCUGAUGGUACGCAAUUCGCACCUAUUCAAUUGCCCUCCUCGCCAACGCCAGAAUUGGACUUUCUUGCAGCCCCAGUCAACACAAUUCUCAAGGUUGGAGAAGCAGAACGAGUGAAAGAGUUUUUCUCAAACAACGCCACAAUGUCAAUGUCGAAUUCAUUCUCUACACCAGAGAACGCGGCAUUCAAACGGAAGCGAUCAUCUAUGCCUCUCUCAGCUCACUUGAAUGGAAAUACUUUAGCAGCGCAUAGUCCUGUAUCAGGGUUCUUGUCGGUACCUGCAAAGUCGAGCUAUGAGGAUCGAUUGCGAAAAGAUCACCUCGCACUGAGCGAUAUACGCAAGAGAGCAGGGAUGAUGGGCAUCAGAUGGAGUUUUAACAUGACUUUUGAUCAGAUUCAUGAUCUGGUUAUGGAGGUUGAGUCUCAACAAGAAGAAGCGCACAUGCACAGUCAAGCGAGAAGUUUUGGCCGCAGGAUGACCACGUCAUCGUACGAAAAUGAAGAAGCGCCUCGUUCUCGCCAUGGCUUUGGCAUGUUAUUGCCGUCCCAAACAUCAACCAACGGACUAGGCAAUGGCGAGAGCUCACGUCAAGGGCAAGGGCGUGCAUCAAUUGGAGGAAAGGGAUCACGGCCACGCAUUGAUCUCAGAGGGCUCUUGGGAGAGUCUCCUGGGCCAGGAACCAUUAUCAACAUUGAAGACAGAAGACGCGGUGGAAGCAGAGCAUCGAAGAAAUCUCGGAUCAACUGA